UGUCAGUACCGUCAGUACCAUUUUCCGAAAAGACAAACAAUUUUAUCAAACAAAUCGGUGUUAUGCUUAAAUUUUUCGUCCAAAAUGACCAAGUAUACCACCAGCCCUGACUUGGAUAGAGCUGAGGCGAAUAUUCUUUCUGCGUUUAUAAUACCAAAAUGCCCGUGUUUACUGCUAAUAUCCCAGGCGUUCUGAAGAUAGGCGAUAGAAUAGAAAUUGGCGGGAAAAUCAAGGAAAAUGCAAGAAAAAUGUCAGUAAAUCUCUGCGCUCAAGAGGGGGAGGAGCCUCGUGAUGUAGUCCUCCACUUCGAUGUCCGGUUCCAUAGAGACAACAUCAUCUCGCUGUCUAGACGCAACGGAGUAUGGAUCGGUAGCGGGAAUCUCGACACUAACUACAAUAUGUUUGUGCCUGGUACAAUCUUCCGCAUCAUCUUCGAAGUAAAAGACACGGACGUGAUCACGAUCUACUGCCAAGGGAAGUUCCACUCCAACUUUCUGCCGAAGAUCCCGCUCACCAUGGCGCGGUAUCUCGUCGCGUGGGCUGACGUGGAAAGGGUCACUCAUUGCUACUUCCAUAUUACUGGCAAAGGUAUAGGUGAUGAAGCAGCAGCUGUUGGCGGGAAUCCAUCGCUGUCUCCACGGCAGGGGAUCGCGCCAGUGCUCAUUGGAGAUGUCAAACGAUGUGCAAAAGUACACAGAAAGUCAUCACCAGGCGGCCCACAUCAUGAGUCCUCGAACGAAAGUUCUGACGAGGAACCAAAAGAACGUAAUACCAACGGUCGUGCUGACAGAUAUUUCUAUGACACACUCAUGUGCAAACCCACCGAGAAAAAAUUGUGUACCCCUGACCCAAAAUACCGUCGAGAGAAUGUAGUAAAACCUGAAUGCAACAGAAAAUAUAAAGAGGAAUACGUAGAGAAAAACGAUACAGAUAUAUCCGAGGAACUAGGAUCGAAAAACAUGGAAUCCACAGCCGAAUCCGAUGACGUUUUGCCCGAACUGGGAUUAAAAAAAAGAAAUAAACGUGGCAAGUUCGUACCGUUCGCUCAAGUGGUAAAUUUUAUGGGAAAGACAAGGAGAAGAAAUUAGUGUUGUGCUUUGAUAGACAACUUUUUUACGAUUUGUGAUUUUUUACAAUUUUUUUUGUAUUGUUUUUUUAAAAGUUGUGUAACUUUGAGACAAAUAAAGCAAUUUCUUAAAUGUA